UGCACGAGCCAUUUGAUCAUCACAAACUAACGUACUCUCUCAUGGCUAUCUACAAAACAGUCUCGUGUGCUGCCUUGUUCAUGUUUCUAGCGGUGGGCAUAUGCUCCGCCACUCGGGCGCUCCUCACUUUUCCAGUCCCGGAGUACACUCCUGAAGUUGGCCAUUAUGGUGGUUAUGGUGGUGGAGGUGGGUCCGGCGGCGGCGGAGGGUAUCGGGCCGUAGGGGAACAUGGGUAUCCUGGCGGAUAUGCGAGUGGUGGUGGGAGUGGAGAGGGUGGUGGCGCUGGUUACGACGGUGCUGGAGGGCACGGUGGUGGAGGAGGCGGUGGCAGUGGUGGUGGAGGCGCUUAUGGUGCCGGGGGUGAGCAUGGGUAUGGAACUGGUGGUGGUGAAGGGGCUGGUGGUGGAUACGGUGCGGGUGGCGUGUACGGAGGAGGAUAUGCCGGUGGUGCUGGUGGUGGAAGUGGAGGCGGAGGUGGUGGAGCAUAUGGUGCAGGAGGUGCCGGUUAUGGAGGUGGCCACGGGGGUGGCGCCGGUGGUGGUUAUGCUGGAGGAGCCGGUGGUUAUGCUGGAGGGGGUGGUGGAGGGAGUGGCGGAGGAGGCGGAGGCGGAUACGGGGAGGGGGGAAUACAUGGAGGUGGAUAUGGCAGCGGAGGCGGAGCCGGUGGAGGGUCCGCUGGUGGUGCAGGUGGGCAUGCUGGAGGUGGCGGCGGCGGCUCUGGUGGUGGUGCUGGUGCUGGUGGAGGAUAUGGGGGCGCCGGUGGGGCAGGGUAUGGUGGUGGUGCUGGUGGCGGUCAAGGGGGUGGCCAUGGUGGCUACAUCCCUUGAAUGGCAUAAACGCCUUCUCACCCCAUAUAUGGUGAUUUAUGAACCCUAAAAUGGGAACACUCUCUUCUUGCCCUGAGAAAUAAUAAAAUUAAUUCGGGCAAAGGCGAGGCUCGAAAGCUUUGAUAAUAAGAACUGUUAAUGGGGAAAACACUAAUAUGUAUUUCAUGAUGGCAAUUUGUGAUACAUGGAUUCAAUAUUUGGGAUAAAAUUCUGUUGUCGAUCAUCUUAAUAAUAUUAUAAUUUUAAUUUA